UGAAUGUUACUCAGUGGCAGCUCCUCACCCCUAGACUUUUCUUUUCUCCCUGCUCUGCAAUGGCUUUGAAAAUCCUGCUCCUCCUUCUUGCCUCUUUCCUUUUAGUUACAAAAAGGGUCUCAGCCAAUGAUGAAGAAUUCGGCGUACAGGCUACUUAUGCCAAAGCUCCAGUACCUGUUCCAGUGAAGACACCCAUUCCUGCACCACCGGUCAAGCCUCCUACUGUCACUCCAAAUCCCCCUGCUCCUGUGGUGAAGCCCCCCACUGUUGUGCCCAAGCCCCCUGCUCCACCGGUCAGCCCUCCUACUGUUGCUCCGAAGCCACCUGCUCCUGUGGUGCCCAAGCCCCCUACCCCACCUGCCAACCCUCCUACUGUUGCUCCCAAGCCACCUGCUCCCCCAGUGAAGCCUCCCACCGUUGUGCCCAAGCCCCCUUCUCCACCUGUCAACCCUCCUACCCCCAAGCCACCUGCUUCCCCAGUGAAGCCUCCCACUGUUGCACCAAAGCCUCCUGUGCCACCAGUCACGCCUCCUACUACAGCACCAAUGCCCCCAGUGAGGACAAGAUUGGACUGCAUCCCACUAUGUGAUCAGAGGUGUAAAGCACAUUCAAGGAAGAACAUAUGUGUGAGAGCAUGCAUGACAUGCUGUGACCGCUGCAAAUGUGUUCCACCAGGAACGUAUGGUAACAGGGAGAAGUGUGGCAAGUGCUACACUGACAUGACCACUCACGGCAACAAACCCAAGUGCCCUUAAAAUGGAUUAGAAUCAUGGUUUUCUUUGUCGGGUGCGAGUCUUGUUGACUGAAAAUGUAAUAACUUAAAGAGGAAAGUAAGAAGUAAAUCGUUUCUAGGGAUCUUUCUUCCACUAGCUUCAACUAUCAUUAGCCUGUCCUCAUCUUUUCAUGGUCUGUACUGUUUUUUCCCAUUGUGAAUUGCCCUUGCUACUAUUUGUUAAAAGUUCUCCUUACAAGAACCGGUUCUUGAUUCUUCUGUGAUUUUUUCA